AUGAACUCCCUCCCGCCGUCUCGCCGUCCCUCUCUGGCACCCUCGGCCUCAUCGCGCUCCUUCAAUCGUAGAGUCUCGGCUCUUUCCCUAUCGGCUGCCGAACAAGGAGACACGACAACCGUCAACCCCGAAGACCAGGUCGUCGCAGAUGAGAUUGACGAGAUCAAGCGCUAUGAAGACUUUACAACAAUAGACUGGGUGAGGGACGCAGCCAGAGAACAGCAGCGUCGCAAGGCCAAGCGUCAGGAGCGAGCUGGCUUCUUUGAAAGAGAAGGUCGUCUAGGUUGGAGGAGGAGGCUGUGCGAGGCUUACGAUGCUGGUCAGGCAUGGCUGGUCGUCACUCUGAUUGGUACUGCCAUCGGUAUGAAUGCCGCCUUCUUGAACAUAGUCACCGAAUGGUUGUCCGAUAUCAAGCUGGGCCAUUGUACCACUGCCUUUUACUUGAACGAGAGUUUCUGUUGUUGGGGCGCCGAGGAAGGCUGUGCAGAGUGGCGGCCUUGGAGUUCUCAUAUCGUCUUCCGCUAUGUAAUAUACAUCCUCUUCUCCACCAUGUUUGCCUUUACCUCCGCCAGACUCGUCAAAUCUUAUGCCCCUUACGCUGCCGGCUCUGGUAUCUCCGAAAUCAAAUGCAUCAUUGCAGGCUUCGUCAUGAAAGGCUUCCUUGGCUUCUGGACACUGCUCAUCAAGUCCAUCGGCCUUCCUCUAGCUAUCGCUUCCGGCUUGUCUGUUGGUAAAGAGGGUCCCAGUGUGCACUAUGCCGUGUGUACAGGUAACGUCAUCUCACGCUUCUUUGACAAGUACCGCCGGAAUGCUGCAAAGACUCGAGAGAUUCUGAGUGCUUGCGCUGCUGCCGGUGUAGCCGUGGCUUUUGGAAGUCCAAUUGGAGGUGUCCUGUUCUCUCUCGAAGAAAUGUCAAAUUACUUUCCACUCAAGACCUUAUGGAGAAGCUACUUUUGUGCUCUGGUAGCAACAGCAGUGUUGUCCGCCAUGAAUCCCUUCCGCACAGGACAGCUCGUCAUGUUCACCGUGAGCUACGAUCGACAAUGGCACUUCUUCGAAAUCUUCUUCUACAUCAUCCUCGGAAGCUUCGGCGGUCUAUACGGCGCCUUUGUCAUCAAAUGGAACCUCCGCGUGCAGGCUUUCCGAAAGCGCUAUCUUGGCCAAUAUCCUAUUCUUGAAGCAACCAUACUUGCUACAGCGACGGCUAUUCUUUGUUACCCUAACAAGUUUUUGCGCAUCGAUAUGACAGAGAGUAUGGAGAUUCUGUUUCUGGAGUGUGAGGGUGGUCAUGAUUAUGAUGGCUUGUGCGAUCGUCAAAAUCGCUGGGCCUCGGUGUUCUCUCUGCUCAUCGCAACGAUCCUGCGUACCUUCCUUGUCAUCAUAUCUUACGGAUGUAAAGUACCUGCGGGUAUCUUCGUGCCUUCCAUGGCUAUCGGAGCGUCUUUUGGUCGCAUGGUCGGGAUCCUGGUUCAAGCGAUCCAACAAGCGUUUCCACACGCUGCCUUUUUCUCGGCUUGUCAAUCUGAUAUGCCAUGCAUCACACCAGGCACAUAUGCCUUUUUGGGCGCUGCAGCUGCCUUGUCAGGAAUCAUGCACAUCACUGUCUCGGUCGUUGUCAUCAUGUUCGAGUUGACAGGAGCUUUGACUUAUAUCCUACCCACCAUGAUUGUCGUCGGCGUCACAAAAGCCGUCAGCGACCGCUUCGGCAAAGGCGGCAUCGCAGACCGCAUGAUCUGGUUCAACGGCAUGCCCUUCCUCGACAACAAAGAAGACCACGCCUUUGGCGUCCCCGUAUCAACAGCGAUGACCUCCAGUCUAACCUGCCUUCCCAUCUCCGGCCUAGAAAUCCGUGACUUGGAAUCUCUACUCGCUGCCAACACAAAGUUCUCCGGCUUCCCUAUCGUGGAAGAUGCAAAUUCAAUGAUGUUGGUGGGAUAUGUAGGUCGCACUGAACUGCGCUAUGCAUUGGAUCGCGCAAGGAGAGAUCAAAUGGCUACUCCACGCACGAAAUGCUUCUUCACGCCUGUGGCUGGGCAUGUGCCUAUUACACCCUCGACACCCAACCCAGCUAUUCACUUCGACUAUCUCAGCGCAACAAGUCCGCACUCCUCUAUCGACCUCAGCAAGUUCAUAGACGCAACACCCAUAACCGUCCACCCUCGCCUCCCCCUCGAAACCGUCAUGGAACUCUUCAAAAAGCUUGGUCCGAGGGUGAUUCUCAUCGAAUACCGUGGUCGCCUGACUGGUCUGAUUACGGUGAAAGAUUGCUUGAAGUAUCAGUUCCAGGCUGAAGCUCAUGAGAAUCCUAAAGAUGAUUCUGCGUUGAGGGAAGCACAGGCUAGAAUUUGGGAGGUUAUGGCCAAGACGGCGAGGUGGUUGAACGGAAAGUUCAAGGGAUUCAAGGGAAAGGGUAGGCAUGUGAGAUUGCCUUCGGGGUCUGAAUCUGGCGUUACGCCGAGGAGUGAUACGUCGACUGAAGGAAGAGCGGCAGCGGGGACCGGCGAUGUUGAAUUAGAACAUAGAACCUGA